UGUAUUAAACAACAACAAACGAAUACCAAUUGUAUGUAAAGAAAUACUUUGACGAGCGUAAAUAAUGUCGCUUGUGGAACUACAAAAUAAAAAACAACAACAUCAAAAAUAGUUACUGCAAUACCCAACGCUUUAAUAUCACUUUACUCUAAAAAAUACAAAUAUAUCGCCAACAACACCAGCAAUAACAACAGUUACAUUUUCAACAGUUGUGCUACAACACCAUAGAUCCAACAUAUAUAAAUUCCCAGUGGCGGUAAGAUGACGCGUUUCAAAAUAAAAAAUCUCAAAAUGCUCACCUGCUGCUGUCUCAGCACCUGGGUCGCUCUAUUCGGUGUACUGCACUUAGUGCGUUGCAGUGAGUUUCCCGAACGUGAAUGUUGCGACCUAACGACCACGUCGACAGUUGGCCCGCUGCCAGUACCGCCGGCAGCGUUGCCCACAGAUAAAUCACUAUCAGCCACUACUGCCGUACAGACAAUAUCUGUCGGACGAUCGGGUUCUAACAUAAAAGUUGCGUCCGCAAUACUUAAUUGUAUCUUAGCACGCCAGUUGUGUUUCGAAGACCCGUCGUGUUCGGCUAUCUUAGAAAUUAUUCCCAGAGUAUGUGGGCCUAUACCAGUUUCGUGCAGUACAGUAACUGUGACAAAGUGUCAAGCCGCCUUAAGGACACUGCAAGCCUUUCAGUUCUUUCGUCCAACCUGCCUUUGCAAAGAGCCCGGCAUGGAUCCGGAUUGUAAUCAUUUUCGUGAUUUCCUUUUCGAUCAUCCAUGCGGUUUCGUGCUUAAAAAAGCUGAAAAGGAUCCAUAUCCAAUUGAUGCAUUGCCGACGUGCAAUCACGCAUUGUCUGUAUGUCAGCAGGAGCGUAAAUGCCUGAAGCUUUUCGAAGAUUUCAAAGCGCAUUGUAAAGUAAGGGACAAUAAGUGCAAAAUGGAGAACAGAGAUGCCUGCCACGACUCGUGGACGAAUCUACGUCUCUCGCCCAUGUUCGGCUGCAUAUGUCCGAAUAAUCAUAUGAAAAAACGCUGUGAUCGUAUAUUUAAUAUAGUUAAUCACAAUCCGUGUGUGGAUAGAUUAAUAUUCUUUCCGGAUGGCGCCAUACCAAAAUUUAAACAAAAACAAAAGCAACAACACAAUCGCACCAGCUCAACAUCAUCAUCAGCAACAUCGCCAUCAUCAUCAUCCUCAUUCUCAUACCCAUCAUCAUCAAUAGCCGUCAAUACCACCGGUCAACAACAGCUAUCGAAUAACAUCUCGCCGGAUGAGGAGGAGGAGGACGACUAUGAUGAUCGCAUACGCGCUGAAAUCUAUUCAAAUUAUCCACAUUAUCUCCACCCACCAUCGUGGGGUCUGAACAAUCCGUUAGUGUUGGCCUCACACUCACCACACACCUACGACGAUGAAGACGAAUCACUGCUGGAGGUGGGCGGUGAGGAUACAGCGACGAGAAGCCGUACACAGAAAGCGGAACAAAGGCAACAACACUGGCAGCGGCAACAAAUGGCACAGAAUGUGGAGAAGACUGGACGUACUGGGGAGAGUGUUGUUGGCGAUGGCGUUGGUGAUGAUGUUGUAGUAUUGGUGGACACUGCCAACACUGGCCGACACUUCGCUGGUGGUGUUGGUGUUGGCGGUUAUGGUUUCGGUUCCGCUGGUGCGCUUGAUGAGUCUAUAACUGAGCACAGUGGCGGCAAGAGCGGCAGUGGCAAUAAUAAUAUACUCAUCGGCAAUAGCAACAAUCAUGGCACUCACCAAAUGCACGAAUAUUUUGAUGGUUUCACUUAUGCCACCUCACCUGCAACGGCAGCUACACCAGAGUCUGCACUUCCGGCACCACCGACACAUCUGCACCAUAAUAAGAAGCAUCCGAAAAUGUCUAUUUCUAGCACAAAUUCGCACAAAAGUAUACUACAUCUUAGUGACGAUAUAACCACCGGCCGUGAUAAACUAACCCACCGUUCGCGCACCUACAAAGGUGAUAGCAUGGAUGAGAGAGUCAGAAUAAUGGGCAUGGACGAUAAAUUGCAUCUGAAAAUGUUCGAAGAUAAUUUGGCGCUCAUCGAUACGCCACUCAUAGCAUCAGCGACGAGCACACACUACCCAGGCACCGUGUCCACUUCGUUGCACUCCCUACACGGCAUACUCUUGUACCCGUUCAAUGUAAGCGACUUCCAGCAGCGACACAACGCGCCAACCGGACACGACACGAGCGCUUUGGAUAUCAUCGACACGGCCAACACGUACGGGUACGACCAGAGCGGUGGUGGCUCCCAAGGCCAUAGUCAUGGCGGUGGCGGCGGCGUUUACUAUCAAAGUGGUCAGGAUGUUGAAGUGGACCUCUCAACGGAAAUAAUUAAGCAACACUUUCAGAGUACCUGCCACACAGCAUUGGACACUUGCCGAGAGGAUGUCACAUGUUCCGCUUCUCUGCAGCCAAUGUUGAUGCAUUGUGAAAUGCACCGUUGCAAUCGCAAUGCAUGCAUGACAUCACUACAAGCCUUCUAUAAGGGACCGCAUGAGGAUUUGAAUUUGGAUAUUGCAUUCUGCCUCUGCAAAAAAACAACGAAUCGUCACGAUAUGUGCAUGAUUGCACAGGAAAAGCUCCAUCCAACUUGUGCACAAAGGCCGGCCGAUAACAGUAAUCAGCAAGGUUCAAAUGGCGUUUACUACCACCCGCCACCGACCUGUCAUUCAGUGGCGGAAAAUUGCAAAGAGGAUCGUGAGUGCAGACUCAAAUUGGAGUACUACGAACAGGCCUGUGCCGUGGACAGCGUGACGAAGAAAUGCGCGGGCCGUCCAAGUGGCUGCCGCAUAGCCAUGAUUGGCAUACUCGGCACAAUGCUGCGCACCACCUGCGCCUGUCAGGGCACCGAUCCGCAGCAUCUCUAUCAGUGUGUGGGCUGGCGACGUUUACUUUGGCUGAAUCCUUGUGUUGUUGAGGCGCAGAAGGAUUUUCAUAUGAAACGUCUCGCCGAAUUGGGAUAUCUCACAACUACCACCACAACAACUACUACAACCACGACAACAACAACACGUGCGCCUCCGCCACCACCACCACCGCCUGUGCUGACAACUGUUACCACCACAACAACACACCGGCAGCCGGCCACAUCACCGCGACAGACAUCGCGUAAGCAGACAACUCACAUAUUUCGCGGUUAUCCGCCAAAAGAGAAAUCGGAGCCCACAUCCAUGGAGGACAAUUAUAUCGAACAGCCAGAUUCGAUACCGUUGCACAGCGGAAAUGAUAAAAACGGAAAUGCCGGAAAUGGCGAUUAUCACAACGGCAAGGGUAAGAGUAACGGCGCCAAUGGCAGCAGCAAUGCUGGAAAUGGCAAUGGCAGUGGGCGAGGCAACGGUAGUGGAAAUAGCGCUGGCAGUGCUGACAAUGCCAGUGCAGCUGCCGUCAAUGUGCCGCGUCAUGGUAAGAAUGGUAAAAACAACAAAAACGGCAAGAACGCCAAACACAACAACGGCAACGGCAAUGGCAACGGCAACGGCAAUUUCAAUGGCAAUGGCCACGGCAAUGGCAAUGGCAAAAAUUUGGGUGUCGGCCAUCACAGCACCAACGGUCAUGCAGCGGCGGCGGAAGCUACCGACGUUGGCGCUGCCGUUGGCGUUGCUCAUGGUAAUGGAAAUGAUUUUGGCGAUUUCGAUGAUCAACUGAUUUCUGGCGAACAAAUUCAAACAACUGAAUAUGCGGGUUUUAGCGCAACUGAACCACCAACCACAAUAACCACAACAGUGGCAACCACAACAACAACGCAAGCGCCAAGAAACUGCGUCGUGCAGCGUCCACAUCAGUCGGAUCAGUUGAUACGUGAAGGCUCCAGUAGGCGGAUCUACUCCCUGGACGAUGCUGAAUGCAGUGAAUUGUGCAGUUGCGGAGAAUCACUAACGCUCACCUGUCACGCUCUUUGUGUGCCAUUUGCGCCCUGCCGUACCGCCUUGGCCUUCUACAGUCAUGCUUCACCCGCAUAUCAGGCAUUCCGCGGGCGUUGUCUCUGUUAUUCCGGUCGAUUUAUAUGUAUGAAGCCACCGUUGGGUGAAUAUACAUUGCCAGGUGGCGUUUUUCUUCUACUUGGCUAUAGCUCAGCUGAUGAAGCGCUUCUACGACCUCAUACGAAUCUCGGUGUGCAGGAUGCUGUCAGAGCUUUGCAGCAAUACGUUACAACACAUAUAGACAACCAGACACAGUGCACGCUAACGCUCUUCAACAUGACCGAUGAGAACAUAAUAAUUGCUGCUCGUUUACCGCACGAUGCUAAGCUGAAGGCUAUUGAACUGCUUGGCAAAGAGAAGGAUGAAUGCACUUCGAUAUUGAAAACCAUCAGCCAUCACAUAAACACCGAACAUCACGAAUUGCAAUCCCACCGACUGUUGAGCAUUUUCAAAAUGUCCGAAGUCGAAGUUGUUUGGCCGGAAAGUAGUCGAGCCGCAGCGCAGUUGCAUAGUGGACCUGCUGCAUGCAUUCUACCGCUCGCACUACUCAUCUGUCACGCUACAGCGACAUACCAACGGGAUAUUGUCGAUUUACUGGUGUGGCUGUUGUGGCGAGGUGUGGGGCGUGGCGCGAAAUGGAGUGUAAUGACAUGACCAAUGGCAGCAACGUAAUCGCAAGUAAGCAAUGCACUAAAUAAAUAGAAAAUCACCAUAACAAAAAAAGAAAAAAAUAAAUAAA